AAAACAGUGGAAGGAACAGAGAAGUGCUUUGUGGCUCCAGCUCUGAACGUUGCUCUCUUGACCUUGGAAUUAUUGGGAGAUUUUCCUGAGGACAGAAAGGAGUGGAGUGAAGGAUCAGCCAUGGCACAUUUUGGGAGGAUGCCCUUCUCACACAGUGAAUUUUGGGAGGGGCAGCCUGGGCCCCAAGCAGCUCAUCGUGGUUCUGAUGGAAGGAUCCCCCUGGGAUUUGAUCCAAUAAUUGAUGAAGUCAACAACGAAUUCAUUUUUUACGGUUCAUCCCACCCACAUCCUCACGAAGAAAUGUUUUUCCCAUCAGAUUUUUCCACGAGGAAUGUGCCUGGCCAUCACCUCCACGGUCACCCUGUGGUGUCCCAUGGAGAGCUUUUCCCUGGCAAUCCAGGCACAGUUCUGGGCUCCAGAUCUCCUCCAGUGCCUGCCUGCGUGCUGGAUUCCCAGCAGGGACAGCUCCACGGCAGGCAGAGUGCAAAUUCAGCUCCCAGUGUGGAAAGGAGCAGCACAAAUCUGGAGUUUCAGAUAGGCUUUGACAGUCUGGGUGCUCCAAAUCCUGUUUUCUUAGACAAUGAUCCAUUUGGACAAAAAGUGAGAGAAGAAAGUGGGAAUGGGGAAGUUUUUUUAACCAACAAUUCCAGAAGAUGCAGCAUAGGUCCUACCCAUCCCCAGGGCUCUGGACAUAACACAGAGGCUGCAGGUUGGUCAAUCCAGCUGGUUGAAGCAGAUCGAGGAAGUAAUGAAAACAUUGCUGGUUUUUGCAAGGCAGUGGAGAAGGCACAAAGGUGCAGCUCACGUGGCUUUUUAAGUGACUUGGGCAGCAGCUCUGAGGCUGGAGCUGGCUGUAUCACUCACGACUUAAUUGUGGAGAUCCUCCGUGUCACCAAUCAAUACCCAGCCCGGCAGGAAUGGCUGCUGAGUGUUUGUGGCUCUGAUGAAUUCCUACAAAACAAUUGUACUUUGGGAAGCCACGAAAUUCUUCGCAAGGCAACGCCCUGCAUCCAGCUCCGCCUGCACCGCGCCGGGGAUUCCGGGCAAAGUCUGGCUCGAACAGCUGGGGAUGACCAAAGGAGGUUCGGUGUGAAUGAGCUCUUAGGAGACAUCUGUGCCUGGAGACUGCUUUGGCAGAACCUUGUCUCCGUUAUUCUGAAUUACAGAGGUCAAGUGGAAUAUCUGCUGCAAAAUGAGAACAAUGUUGAUAAUGUGAUUGAAGCAGCUAAAUCCAUCUGCAGUGUGCUGUGUUUUGUGGAAACCAGAGAAAUUACUGAUGCAGUCAGGAAACUCCAUGCUUUGGUGAAAGCACAGGGUUCUCUUCAAAGUGUGGAAACGCCAGGCAAAGGGUUAAUAGAGGCUGCUGUGACUGAGCUCUCCAUGGCCAUCUCUCACCUCAUCCAUGUCUACAGCAGCAGCUUUGAUGCAAAUUUCCAGCUUGCCAGCAUACCUAAGAGCCCUUCACGUGCAGACAUCAGCCCAAAUUCCCAGCUGAGCUUCACUGUUUGUGCUGCCCACAACAUCCCAGAGGCCUGGGUGAGCAGCUACAAAGUUUUCUCUUUUUCCUGUUUGCUAACUUAUGCUGGGAAGACAAUAUGUCAAGUGAAGAUUUGCAAAAAUACUCCAGUAAAAAAAUCCUUCUUUUUCCUGGAAACAAUUGCACACCUUUAUCUGCUAUCUGUGAAUGGCAGGGAGCAGCUUCUUUAUUUCUGGCCAGAGUUCUUCCCCUUCUUCUCACUUGGCUCAGCCUCCUACAGCCACAGAGGGUGGCACCAACUGGGUAAAUUCAGGGUCAACUUCCCUCUACGAAUAAAGGCUCUCCCAAGGGAAACUAUGCUGAUAAUAAAACUACUGGGAGUAAACAGCACCUCCAAAACCACAGAAGUGCUUGCUUGGACGUGUUCCCCAUUGUAUGCAAAAGAGAGGCUCAUCCACGGUUCCGUGCUGCUCAGCAUGGCCCUGCACAGCCCAGUCCCCAGCGCAGUGAGCAGCCCUGGCAUCUGCAGCACUGAGACACCAACCUCGCUCACCCUGCAGAUCGACUUCCCAGAAACUGAUUUGGAGUUCAUUAAACCUGAAGCUGAAGAAAGAAGAGGUGAUCUCGUGGAGCCAAGCCAAGAGUGCCUGCAGCACAUUGCAAAGUUUUCACAGAAACAUUCUCUCUUGCUCCUCUCAGAGCAGCAGAGAAGGAUCCUGUGGUUCUCUCGCUCCUCCUGCAAUAGCCAGAGCUGCUCCCUGCCCCUGGUGCUGGGCAGUGCACCCAGCUGGGACAGCACCACCGUGUCAGAAAUGCACACCCUGCUGAGGAAAUGGACAUUUUCUCACCCUCUAGAGGCACUGGGGCUGCUGACUUUCAGUUUUGCAGACCAAGAUAUUCGCAGGGCAGCAGUCCAGCAAAUAGAAAAUGUGUCAAAUGAUGAAUUGUUGGAAUACCUCCCACAGCUGGUGCAGGUGCUCAAGUUUGAGUGGAGUCUUGAAAGCCCUCUGGUGGAGCUCCUGCUGCAUCGUUCUCUGCAGAGCAUCCAAGUAGCCCACCAGCUUUACUGGCUGCUGAAGAAUGCACAGAACGAAGUUCAUUUCAGAAUGUGGUAUAAGAAACUACUGGCUGCUCUCCAAUUCUGUGCUGGACAAGCCCUGAACAAUGAGUUUUCUAAGGAAGAAAAACUCCUCCGAAUUCUGGAAGACAUUGCCACAAAAGUGAAAGCUGCCAGUGACCCAAAAAGAAAGGAGGUGUUGCACGUGGAGCUCAGCAGGCUGCAGCAGUUCCUGCAGCAGGUGAAGCUCUGCCGGCUCCCCCUGAGCCCCGCGCUCGUCGUGCAGGGCAUAGAGGCAGAUUCAUGUUCUUAUUUCACAUCCAAUGCUUUUCCCUUGAAAAUCUCCUUCAUCAAUGCGAAUGCUCCAAGUGGAAACAUCAAUGUUAUUUUUAAGAUAGGUGAUGAUCUACGUCAAGAUAUGUUGGUUCUGCAAAUUGUUCGAGUGAUGGACAACAUUUGGCUCCAAGAGGGACUGGAUAUGCAAAUGAUCAUUUAUAGGUGUUUAUCUACAGGGAAAGGACAAGGGCUGGUACAGAUGGUGCCAGAUGCUACCACACUAGCAAAGAUCCACAGGGAGUCUGGGCUGAUAGGACCACUGAAAGAAAACACAAUUAAAAAAUGGUUUCACCAUCACCAUCCUCUGGAAUCGAGUUACCAAGAGGCCAUAAGGAAUUUCUUUUAUUCCUGUGCUGGCUGGUGUGUUGUUACCUUCAUCCUGGGAGUCUGUGAUCGACACAGUGACAACAUCAUGCUGACAAAAGCUGGCCACAUGUUCCACAUCGAUUUUGGAAGAUUCCUGGGUCAUGCACAGAUGUUUGGAAGCAUUAGAAGGGACAGAGCUCCCUUCAUCUUCACAUCAGAGAUGGAAUAUUUCAUAACAGAGGGUGGGAAAAACCCCCAGCGUUUCCAGGAGUUUGUGGAGCUUUGUUGUCGAGCUUAUAACAUAGUCAGGAAACACAGCCAGCUCCUCCUGAACCUGCUGGAGAUGAUGCUGCAUGCAGGAUUGCCUGAGCUGAGCAGCCUCCAGGAUCUGAAAUAUGUGUAUGAUAACCUCCGUCCUCAGGACUCAGAGCUGCAGGCUACAAGCUACUUUACAAGGAAAAUAAAGGAGAGUUUGGAGUGCUUCCCUGUGAAACUCAACAACCUGAUCCACACCCUGGCACAGAUGUCAGUGGGGAGCUCUGCACAGCCCCCAGCCCCAGAGCCUGUCCCCCAGGAGUGGAUGGUGCUGCACACUGAGGGCUCAAUUGCAAGGGCCACCAUUCUGGGAUUCAGCAAAAAGCCACACCCUGUAUAUCUCAUCCAGGUGGUGCAAACCUGCAGUGUGGUCACCUUCGUGGAAAAAUCAUUCGAGCAGUUCUCAAAACUUCACAGCAACCUCCAGAAGCAAUUCCCAUCUCAUGGCCUGCCAGAGUUUCCCCACUCAUGGCAUUUGCCUUUCACAGAUCUUGAGCACAAAAGAGUGAAGGAUUUGAACCUCUACCUGAAGCAGCUAUUAAGUGGUUCCAGGAAAGUGGCUAAUAAUGAGCUUGUACUCAGCUUCUUCCUCAAUUGGUCCAAAAAUACCUUGGCAGAAGAUUCAUCAUCUCUGACCUCAGGUCCUCAGUCAGCUGGCCACAAGCCUGGAGUACAACUGGUCAUAUCCUACGAGAACACCUGUCUGACAAUAAUGCUGAAACACAUGAGGAACCUCCACCUCCCAGAUGGCUCUGCCCCAAGUGCACACGCUGAAUUUCAUCUUCUGCCAGACCCUUAUGGGGUCAGCAGAAGGAAAACAAGAACAGCUCCAAAAGGCUCUGACCCUACUUACAAUGAACUUAUUGUGUAUGCCAGAGUCACAGAGCUCCAAGGCCGUGUGCUGAAGCUGGUUGUGAAAAGCAAAGGAACCUUGGUGGGAGCUGUUAACAUCCAACUGAGCAGUGUCCAGUUCAAUGAAGAAAAGUGGUACCCACUGGGAAACAGUGUCAUUUAAAUGUGAAAUGAUUCCAUUCUUUGCCCAUUAAU